AACCUCCCUCAGUAGCGCAGGUAGAGGCCACAGUGCGCAUGCGUGAGCGCCACACGCGUCAGGAAGACAGUCGUCGAGAGGUCGUGCUGUGGAGAGAAGACUCGGUGAGAUCUUUGAAUCAUGGAGAGUCGUCAGUGACCCGGCGGUGGAGAUGCUGCUCCUGGCUGUCACUCUGGUUCUACUGCCGCUGCGGCUCAGCGGUUCGGUGUCCAGAACAUGUCAGCUGGUCAAACAGAAUGCCUCAGUUGAAGGACCCUGUCCUAUAAAACUGGUCCCAGUCCCGUCCCUGGAGCCUGGACAGAUCUACAGUGAAUGUGUCUCUCUUCAUGUUUGGAUCAACACCUCAGACAUGUCCAAGUCUCCAAAGAUUGAAAUCCUCUCUCCGUUCACUGAGAUCCUGAGGACAAACUGGAGGAAAAGCAGAAAAAAGACCAAGUGUAAAGACAGUUCCUGUGACGUCUGGUGUCCCAGCAUCAGCCAGCAGGGGGAGUAUGGGAAUUCCAGUGUGGCCCUGCAGUGGGAGUUGCUGUACGACUGUAUCUCAGCUAAAGAUCAAACUGUCGUCACGGUGACCUUCAGUACAACAACGAGCAGCUGCUCCCACAGCCACACCGUCACAGGUCCUGUCCCACGGUUUGAUCUGUCGGUGGAUCAGUCGUCAAAGUCCGUCACCGUGAGGGUGGAGGCGGACGUGAUGGUGCGGACCAGGUGGUGUUACCAUAGAAACGGUGACUGUGUCGGCAACUCGUCUUCUGUCCUGGUCUCUUCCAGCUCAGCCGUCCUCCGCCCCCCCCACCUGCUGCCCUGCGUCUGUGUCCAGGUCUACUACACCUAUCUGGACGCACCACGACAUCAUAGGUGCCCUUUUCAAAACCAGCCAAUCAGAGAUGUUUCAGCAGUGUGGCGCUCCUCCCUCCUCCAGGAGUACCAGUCAUAUUUACGGUGGUCAUCAGUCUGUCCUGCCGACACCAUGGACGUCUCCGCCCAUCUGUGCUGGGGACAGCAGGGACGUCCCUGCCUGUCUGACCUUAACUCCACCCUGGACAAGAGGGAGGACGGCCGUCACCUGGUUUAUGACAUCACUGCAGUGGACAGACAUCCUCAGAUGUGUGUGAAGUUGUCUUUACAGGACAGCCAUCACGUCUCCUGUCCCUUCCAGAGCGCCGUGCCCUCGUGGCUGUUGUCCGUCCGACCAAACCGACAGAGUGUGUUGGUGUCGGUCACUUCCUCUGUCCCGGCCGUCUUCUCCUGUCAACUGUGUGUCGUCCAGGACCAACUCUGUUCUCCUUUAGGAGGCCUUCACACACUCAUACUGGAUGGAACCAGUGAGGAGGGACGGAUACCCUUGUCCCCUCGAGUCCUCCUCCACAGACCCUGCGUCCAGGUGUGGCAGUCAGACCCCCACCUACUGGGGAAACGAGUCAUUUGCCCCGACUACACACACAGCAGGUGUGGUGUGUAUGCGGUGCUGGUGUUACUCCUGGUUCUGCUCACUGUUGCUCUGAGAGCGUUCAUCUCCAGACUGUCCAGAGGGGGAGCUGGAGGCUGGCUCCAGGUCCAGAGGCCCGUGUUGUUGGUCUGCUCCUCAGAGGGUUCGGCUCACGUCACUGCCGUGUGUGCGUUAGCUUCGGUUCUGAAGGCUGAGCUAAACGCAACGGUGCACUUGUCCCUGUGGGCCCACAACUCCCAGCCCCAGGUGGGGGGGGCAGGCAGAGCGGUGGCAGACGUGGGGCCGCUGCCGUGGCUGUACGGUCAGUGGGACGCCGUUCGCCAGGCUGAAGGAAACAUCCUGAUGGUGUGGAGUCCUGAGGCCAAGGUGUUCUAUGAGAAGCUGAGAAACACCAGGGAGAAGAAGACGGAGGGGGGGAACAAAGGUGAGGACAGGACAGACGUGAGAGCGAAGAGAGGAAGGUCGGCUGGAGGUCACAAACAAGAAGGACGCAGUUUCACCACAGGUGAAAAGGAGAACGCCGCAGGAGAAGAGCGCUCUCUGUUACAUGACGACACCGACCAGGAGACGCCGCUCUCUGCUGUCAUCGCGCCGAUGUUUGCAGGUGCACUCACAUGCCUGCAGGGGGCACUGCAGCAGUCCAAAGAUCACAGGGUGUCUAUAGUGUAUUUCCAGGGCCUGGGCCACAGCAGGGACAUUCCCAAAACCUUCAAGGACCUCCCCUGUUACUGCCUCCCACAGGAGUUCCGGGGGCUGCUACAGAGGCUGGGGGGCAUAAACACAGGGGCAGAUCCUGAGGGUACGUUGAAGGUGCACUGCUGGCAGAGACUGCUGGCUAAGGUGCAGUGUCUGUGGCUCUCCAGACAGCUGGCCUACAGACUGAGGACUCAGCUGCCUCACAGGUCACAGGACACGUCCAAUCAGGUGGAGGCGUCCCGGGCCACAGACCGGGGCGGUUCUGGACCUGUACCAGAACCGGUCCACUCCACAGGCACCACAUGUAGAACACAGGAGUUUAAAUGUCAAGGAACCAAACAUCAACAUGAGGAAUUGGAGCAGAACUCCGUUCUGAUCCACUGACAUCCCUCAGGGUUCUUAGGCGACCCAUCCACCAGGGGGAGUGCUGAGUUCAGAGUCCAUUCUGUGUCUCAGACAAUAACAGUCGUGGUAUAGUCCGUGGUCUUACCAUAGACUGGACUUUAUUUUUAUAUCAUUAAUGUUACUUAUUUACCCUGUGUGACGUCAUCCUCACACCAGUGUUCUUGUUGUAAAACCUAUUUUUUUAGAAUGUGUACAAAAUGUAAAUAUCUACACGUUCUACCUCUAUAAGGAGUAACAGUGUAAAUUAGACACGUGAUCAGGCCGACAAAGCUUGCUGCGGUUUGCUGCCACCUAGUGCCUGAGGUCGUCAUUACCUCAGCUUCAGCGUUAUUCUUCGAAUAUUCUAACGACCUGCUGUGUUCAGGUCCAACCUCACAUUCAGAACAUUGUUGUGUUGAAAGUUCUGACAAACGGGUUUUAUUUACUGUUCUGUGUCAGUCAUGGUGUAACCACGGACUCUGAUUGGUCCUGGUAUAUUUGUUAAAACUCAACAUUAAAUCUUUUUUCCACG